UGACGCAACUAUCGCCGUCGACGCAAAUAUUCGCCGCGGCGAAAGCGUGCAAAGCCGCCAAACUGCUGCUGUAGCCAUCUUUCUGUUCAAGUUCUGCUUUCUUUUUUCUGCUGGAUUACGAUAAACAAGUUCUGUCGUCCUACGUUUCGGAAAGAUUCAAUUCCUGGGGUCUACGCCGAUAGAUAAAAGACGUGCAGCGACCCCCUACUCCCCGACACGAGCUUUCAGUUGACCAUCCAUUCCGCACCUUUUCGAGUCACGCUCUUCCCAUAUAUCACGCCACUACAUCGAUUUGAUACCACGACAUUACCGUGUUUCCUCCCCACGUCGGUCUCUGCGAGUGUCGGUCUCUCUCCACAGAUCGCCUGACUCGCUCCGCGCGAUCCAGACCACUUUUACUUGCCCAGAUCCCGAUCCCGCAUUUGCCCGCCGCAUCUGUCUUCGGCAAAUGGCUUCAGCGGCCCUGGCUACCGCGGCCGAUACGUCAGCGAUCAAUGUGCGGUCGCUGUAUCGGUCGCUGUUGCGCACGUCGAACCAGUUCGCCAAUUACAAUUUCAGAAUGUACGCUCUCCGAAGGACGAGGGAUGCUUUCCAUGAGCAUCAGCAUGAACAGGAUACCCGGCGGAUACAAGAGUUGGUGCAAAAGGGACUCAAGGAACUACAAGUGUUGAAGCGACAAACGGUGAUAUCACAGAUGUACCAGCUCGACAGAUUGGUGGUGGAGGGUGGCGCAUCGGGUAAGGAAACAGGAGGACGUGGCGGGAUUGUGCGACAGAAAGAUACUGGUUGGGAUUGAUGUGUUACUGGCACCCUGUGAAAUAUCCUCUCAGCACCUUUCCGUCACUAUCGUGUAUAGUAAUUCACCAAUCAGUCUCACGUUCGAUGCUGUCUAGAAUCCUUUGAGCCCUGUAAUAUCAAUGAAUCUCUUGUCUCCUUGG